AAGGAAUUUCUUGGAUGGUGCUUGGAUUUAUUUUAUUUUUAAAUUGCUCUGUAAAAUCAGUCUGUGGACCAGGACAAGAGACGACGUACAAAAAGCAAACAUUAUCAGUGAAGAUGGGCCGUGGUGGCCAAUGGUUGUGUUUGUGCAUUUUGGGGAUGUUCGCUGCCUCAUGUCGAGGAAUCAAACAGUGUCUGGAUGGAAUUACAUUUAAUGUGAUCCUACUGAAUGAUGAAGAGUCUCCCUGGAGCUUAAAGUUUGUGGAAGGACAAAUUCUGAAGGCCGUCGAGACCGAUUCCAUCAUUAAUGCUGCAAACAAUUUGCCAUUUAACAUGACGCCAAACUUUCAAGGGUACCGAAUGGAUUUUUACAAACCCAAAGGCUGCUACAGCAGUGCCUGUGAGGCAAUAGAGAAACUGAAAAGUCUGACCGUCAAAGCCAAGCUGGGGUGUGUUUUACUUGGGCCGACCUGCACCCACGCAACUUUCCAAAUGGUUGAUCUGGAAAAAGGUCUGAAGCUCACCACUCCCAUCAUGUCUGCGGGCAGCUUUUCACUCUCCUGUGACAACACCCACUUCCUGCAGCGCCUCCUUCCACCGGCUCGCAAGGUUUCUAACUUUUUUAUCAACUUUUGGAAGGUCAACCACAAGCUCAAGCCUAAGUGGACAACGGCGUACCUUUACAAGAAAUCUGACAACACUGAGGACUGCUUUUGGUAUAAUAAUGCACUGGAUGUAGAUUCUGGAGCAUUUGCAUCAGAAGUUCAGAGAACGGUCCUGAAUAAGCCAUCCGAACUGAUAGAAACAUUUAAACUACCUCAAAAUCGGACAAGCAAUGUGUUCAUCUUCUGUGGAUCACCACAGGAUUUAGCAGACUUGAAGAACGGCACCAAAGAAGCAGAUGGCAGCAAUACUGUCUUCUUGCUCAUUGAUCUGUACAAUGACCAAUACUAUGUCAACAAGUCGUCACUGCCAUUCAUGGCCAACGUGUUGGUGCUGACGAUGCCAAACACCAGGAGCUACACCAUCAAUGCAGACGUUCAAAGUAACAGCACGAUGAACGACUACAUGGCUGCGUACCACGACUCGGUGCUGCUCAUAGGCGAGGUGAUGAGGAGUAUUGUCCAAAAACCUGGAUGGGAAUUGGAGCAGAUGGAAGAUGUCAACGUGAAUUAUUUCAGGAACAUCUCCUUUAAUGGCAUUGCCGGAAACUACAGCCUGGAUGCGCAAGGAGACCGAGACGUGAACUUCACAGUCAUAUACACGACCACCAGCGGGGAGUACGAACCUUUAUUUACGUUCGACACUGCGACUGGCCGCACCGCAGUAUUGAAAGAGAACCCGUCCUUCCUUUGGGGAAACAGACUCCCUGAUGACCAGCGAGACCAAGUCCCGUCUCUGGCUGACAUCACCGUGGUCUGCUUGUCUGUCACCGUGGUCGUGGUCGGCACUAUGGCCUUUAUUUUCUACAGGCAGAGCAGAAGGGAUCGUUUGCUCAGGAAACGUUGGUCCCAUAUUGCUUCGGACCUCGUCACGCUGCUGGAGAACAACGAGCACAAUGUCAUCUGUCUAAAGAUUGAAGAAGAGAAGAAAAACACGGCAUGCGAGAUUCGUCGUGCUUUCUAUGACAAGAAGAUUGUGAUUCUGAAGGAGCUGAAGCACUCAGAUGGAAACUUCAGUGAGUCCCAGAAGAUAGAACUCAACGCGCUCCUGCACAUCGACUAUUACAACCUGACAAAAUUUUAUGGCACAGUGAAGUUUGAGCAGGGAGUGUUUGGAGUGUUUGAGUAUGGAGAGCGGGGAUCGCUCCGGUAUGUGCUGAACGACAAAAUUUCCUACCCAGAUGAAACCUUCAUGGACUGGGAGUUCAAGAUCUCUGUCAUGAACGACAUCGCCAAGGGCAUGUCUUACCUCCACGCUAGCAUCAUCCAGGUGCACGGCCGCCUCAAGUCCACCAACUGUGUGGUGGACAACCGCAUGGUGGUGAAGCUCACAGACUUUGGUUGCAACACUUUCCUGAGCCCCGGCAGAGGCUUGUGGACGGCGCCGGAGCAUCUGAGGAAACAGGACACCUCUCAGAAAGGAGACGUCUAUAGCUUUGCCAUCAUUGCUCUGGAGAUCAUCACCAGGAAGAGCACCUUCUUCACUGAGCGCCACCUCGACCAAGCAGAAAAACUGUCCAGGGUCCAGUAUCCCAGCAUCGGGUCCUACUUCAGGCCGGACCUCAAUUUUGAGUCUGCAUCAGAAAACGAGCUCGAGGUUUACAUGCUGAUAAAAACCUGCUGGGAUGAAGAUCCAGAAAAACGGCUGGACUUUAAGAAGAUUGAAAACUGUCUGGACAGAGCUGUCAGUAAAAUUCACAACCAGGAGAAUGAGAGCUACAUGGACAACAUGAUCCGACGCCUGCAGAUGUAUUCAAGAAACCUGGAGUUCCUGGUGGAGGAGCGGACGGUUCUGUACAAAGCGGAGAGGGAUCGAGCCGACUGCAUAAACUUCAUGCUGCUGCCUGGUCCAGUGGUGAAAAGCCUGAAGGAGACCGGUGUGGUGGAGCCAGAACUGUAUGAAGAAGUGACAAUAUAUUUCAGUGACAUCGUGGGUUUCACCACACUAUGCCAGUACAGCACUCCCAUGGAGGUAGUGGACAUGCUCAACGACAUCUACAAGGGCUUCGACUGCGUCGUCGACCAUCACGAUGUUUACAAGGUGGAGACAAUAGGUGAUGCCUACAUGGUGGCUUCUGGCCUGCCGAAGAGAAACGGGAACAGGCACGCAGUGGACAUCUGCUGCAUGGCGUUGGAUAUCCUGGCCUUCAUGGGAACCUUUCAGCUCAGACACCUGCCUGGUAUCCCUGUGUGGAUACGCAUCGGCGUACACUCAGGUCCAUGUGCAGCAGGUGUGGUGGGGAUAAAGAUGCCUAGAUAUUGUUUAUUUGGAGACACUGUGAACACGGCGUCACGUAUGGAGUCAACAGGACAUCCUCUGCGGAUCCACGUGAGCCAGCCUACGAUCAACAUCCUCCAGAGGACUGAUUCCAAGUUUGAAUACGAGAUGAGAGAAGAAACGUAUCUGAAGGGUAAAUGUACAGAGACCACCUACUGGUUGACUGGUGAGACGGGCGAAGAUUACAACCUCCCGACUCCGCCCACAACAGAAAACUUCCAGCGGCUUCAGCAGGACCUCGCCCACAUGAUCUUAGCAUGUCUGGAGCGCCGCCCCCAAGGGUCCAUCCGCAGGAAGAAGCUGCUGUCCUCCAGUCAGAUGAAGGCGGACUCCAAGGAUCACGAAUGGGAGGUGGAGUCUGAGAGCGAGCAUCCUGAAUACCUUCACCUGGCGACCGUCGAUAACACCCUCAGUACCUUUCUGUAGAUCCAACAAUAAGCUCUCUGUUGUCAUUUGGGGAAAGUGUUGUAGGACCAAUCAGGUGGAAAUCACAAACCCUAAUCUGAAACUCUGUUAUUAGAAUAUGGUAAAUGGACUGCAUCUGGAUCAGAAGCUCAAAACGCUUUACAAUGAUGCCUCGCAUUCACCCAUUCACACUAACAGAUGUCAAUUAGCUGCUAUGGAAGGUGCUCACUACACACCGGGAGCAAUUAAGGACCUUAGCGAUUUUCUGGUCAGCCUGGGGUUUGAACCGAGGAGCCUCUGGUCUCAAGCUCAAUGCUUAACCACUAGAGCCAUCACCUCCCCAUAGAAUAGCCACCUCCCUCCCCAUUUGUUUUUUUUUGGUGUUCCUGAACAUAACAUGACACCCUGUACAUACAGUGUAUGAACCUUAAACAUUACUGAGGGGAAAAAGAAGUUUUUAAUGAAUCCAAUAAAAAAGUUAGGUUUGGCCUGGAAUCUUUGCUGUUAACUUUCUGGCAGCUCAGGAUAAAGACAGUUUUUACAAGUAUUACCAGAACUGAUUAAUUCAUUAAAAACGGAGCAUUGUACAGUAUAGCUAUUUCAUAAUGACAAAAUGAAUGCAAGUGUAGCUCAUAUUUAAUAGAUAAAACAAUUGGGUAUUGAAACGUUGUCAUAUAGUCAGCUGCACGAAAAGACCACCAGUUGGCGGUGUUGCACAGUACCAAUCAGAGGGCGCGGUACUUUAGCGCGUUAGCACUAGCCGAGAGUAGCUAAGCACAGAAUUUUUUUUUUUUUUUUUAAGUGAAAUUGGCUUUAAUUGUCAAGUCAUAAUCCAGAAACAUUGUUUUUGUAUGUACUAGUUUGCCCCAAGAAAGUAGUGACACGGUUAAGUCAUGGUUAAAAACACAUAACAUGCAGGCUAGUUGUUAGCUUCGUUCAUAAACCAACUAAAGAGACGUUAUCUGUGUAUUUUUUCUUUCUACGCACACAUAUGUGUGUGUGUAUCUCAAAGUUUCAUUAUUGAAUAACUUUUGUUGUUUGUACGUUUUGAGUGUGCGGCCUGUAUUUUUAUAACUGAAAUAUGAAGGUAAUGCUGUGUUUUUUUUUGGGGGGUUGAAGCCCUCACGAGGUAUCUUGUCCUUUGUGUUCAGUCCAAAGGUGUAUUUAUAUCUGUUUAGAUGUAGAGAUAUACUCAACAAAAAUAUAAACUCAACACUUUUGGUUUUGCUCCCAUUUUGUAUGAGAUGAACUCAAAGAUCUAAAACUUUUUCCAUAUACACAAUAUCACCAUUUCC